CAACAUACCACCUACCACUGAACCGUUACUGAACCGUCACAGGACCAUCACGCGCAACUCGCCGCUACUGCCGCCAGUAGCCAUGGCGAAUGAUGAUCAACUCAAACGCGCUGAAGCCGACGUGCGCAUUGCGCAGCUCAAAUUCGCGCAGGCGCUGAAGAAUUCGGAAGCUCCCUGUCUAGACUUUUGCAACAGCCUCUCCGCCGUCCUCGAGCAGAAUACACCGAGGAACGUUCAGGUAUCUAUUUGAACAGCACCGUUGUACCACUUGUCGGGGGCAGACUAAUCGCGACGUUAGACCUGCAGAGAAUGGAUUGUGAAGCACAUCGCCUGGCAACAGUCGCGGAUUCAAGUGCUUGGUGAAUACCUGGUUGCCGUCGCUAGGGCCGUGGUCGUGAAUCAGAACUCCAAAUCAGCCAAAGCCGCGAGAAACCGUCACGAUCUGCUCCUGGUGAUCAGCGAUGUCCUACAUACUUACAGAUGCCAUAUGGCACACAGUACAAUACCGGGCAUGUUCGUCAGGGAGAUGAAGCCGUACAUCGAAGAGCUGGUCGAAAUGGCGGCGUCGGCUGUCCCUGGCAAAGAUUCAGAGGCAGAGAAGAAGUUGAAAGCCGUCAUCAACUUCUGGGCCGCCAAUCAAUACAUUAGCCGCGAGGAGUACAAGUCCUAUCGAGAGCGCGCGAUGGAUGGGUUGGUAGUAGCUCAGGGUGGCAGGAAGAGGAGGACGUACGCCCUGCCCGUCUGGUUCGGCGACCGGACUGCCCCAUGGCAUGAGCUCCCGGCAUCGUAUAUGCUUGAGCCUAUGAUCCGACACCCCGACCGUCCUAUCGCGAGGCACGAGAUCAAAGUCAAGCGAUACUCCGAGAAACAGCCUUCCGAACGAGUCCGCCAAUUACUCGAGGAGUACUUUGAGAAUAUCGAUCUCAAGUACCUGCCGACGGGGGACAACCCGACCGGCGAGACAAAGAAAUACAAGCUAUGGCUGGAUCCAAUGGGCCAAUUGGUCAAGCAGAAUAAAGAGACGAGAGAGACAAAGACGGUCUGCAAUGGCUACGGCUGGUCAGUGAAGUUCUGCCAGGACAUGCAGGACGAAGGUGUUCCGGAGGCUCUUGGUGAAAGGCGAGAGGAAUACCGAGAGGAACAACAUCAGAAGAGGAUGCAGGAUAUGCAAGCCCGGGAACGCAAUAGAGCCGCUAAACCACGUUCACCAGGACGCCGUCCAUACUCAUCAAGCUCGGACAAGGAUCGUGGUCGGGAUUACCGCAGAGACAGCGGGUCCAUGUCGCGAUCAAGGUCCACGUCCAGCUCUGUCUCGCGAGGCAGCCGAGGAGAUAGAGACGAAUCCUAUGAUCGACGCCGUCAGUCCUCGCGUGACGGGUCUAGGGACUACCCUGAAGGUAGUAGCCACCUCGACGACCGCAGGCAUUCCGACCAGCGACCGCUCCUAAACCAGUAUGGCCGACCCUCGCGUUGGAGUGAUCGUAGGAGCGGCUAUCAGCAGCCCAACCGCGGUAACUACGGUGGGCCUGGCGGGAACAAUUACAACAACAGCAACUAUCCCGGACAAGGUUUCUCUCAGGCUUCGCAGCCCCCGAACUUUCCAGCUUCCUAUCCCCCACCGUCUCCAAUGGCAGGCCAGGUUCCAGGGUACCCGAACGCGCAGUUCCCACCGCCACCUCCGCCACCCUUUGGAGCACCUGGAACAUCUGUUCCUCCCCCGCCACCACCACCGAACUACAACGGGCCAUACCCCGGUGCACCUCCCAACAUGGGCGGCUAUCAGAACAAUCCUUACAAUUACGGCAAUAGUAACUUUGCGUAUGGCAAUCAGGGCGGGUACGGAGGUCAGGCUCAGGGUGGCUCCCGAGGCGGCUUUGGCGGAGGCUUUCAGGGUCGUGGCGGAUAUAACCAGCGUGGCGGAUACCAUAGACCUCAGCAAGGUCGAGGCGGAGGUAGUAGAUGGAGUUGAGUCUAGAUAUCUACCUCGCUCUCCGUGAAGAGAGGUGCUAGCCUUCCGAUCGGUGUUCUGCGGAGAUUCCUCGAUUUCAGGCCAAGUGAAGGAGAAAAAGUUUGUGUGUAUAAUAGCGAGUUGUGAGAGUGCUCUCCAAUGUGCACAAUAGUUAGGAAAAGCUUCGAGCUCAG